UUGGUCAGAUUCACACCACUCUGAUUUCCAAAUGGAAAUUCAUUUCUCACGUCUUCAUUUCACAACAACAACUUUUAAUAGGAAUUGACUCCUUAUUCUCAUUGCGUCCAAGAUAUACAUUAUUUUACAAGGAAUCUCAAUCAUAACCACACUUACAUAAUCCCAAGAAGAAGAAGCCGUGUCCUUCAAACGAGUUGAUUUCUCUUGUUUUUGUAGAAAAUGUAAAUUCUCAUAAAUUAAUUGGUGACUGUGUUUAAUCGCGAAUAUGCAACUUCUCGACUGAAUUUAUAUUAAGUUUCACGAGUGUUUUCUCCAAGUGAUUGUUUGAGAAUCUCAAAAUGCGAGUUAAACGUGGACCCGAACGCUACAAAAUCAUCGGCGUCGGGAUCUUUUCCUCUUUUGUGGGGAUGUUGGGAUUCAUACUGGAUGUUGGUGCAGUUCCGUUAAACGUGAUAAACAUUGAGGCUCUCGAAGGAGUCCCAAGAAUGCGGGCGGACUAUGGAUUCUACGCGGCGGAUAACCAAAGCUCGUUUAAAGGGGACAGCUACUUGGACCUCAUGGUGUCAAAUGUGAAACCCAGGUCGACAAAUGCCCUCCAACGUUCAGGAUGUCGAUACAAAGCCACCAUUUAUGCCUCGGGGGACAAUGUCCCUACCGAAGAAUCGUGCCUCUUUUGUCACUGUAAAGGAUCCAUUGUGGUUUGCAAGCUAAGGGUGUGUCCCGAAGUCCCAGACCCACCCCCACCUGGCUGCAUUGUUGUGCAGAAAGCCAACAAAUGCUGUUCUCAACUAGUUUGUUAUGACAAUCAAAUUCGGAAGUUGGCGAGGGAGCAGAGAUUGUCCGAGUCGAAUGCGACGGAAACGCUGCCGUCGUCUGCCCUUCAAUCAUUGGAACGAGCAAACUCUUGCGUUCACGAGGGCACCGUCUAUGCGGAGGGGUCAGCAAUGAGGUCAUCCACAUUAUGCGAGCAUUGUUUCUGCAUCCACGGGAAGAUGAAGUGCAGCAGCCCCCAGUGUCUCAUCCCGAUGAAUGGAUGCAAACCUCGCUACCGGUCGUACGCGUGUUGUCCAACAAAUUAUGACUGCAAUAAGUCCAACCAAACCGCAAUUCUAAAGACGAUCCCAAGUUCUACGCAAGUGCCAAACUUCCUCAAAGGAUGCACCGUUGGAGGACGCUAUGUUCCAGAGGGCGACCCAAUUCUGCCCAUGCAGUUGGCCAUCGAACAUUACAAUAAUAGUUUAGGCCCUGGAUCAAGCAGUCGUUGUCAAACAUGUUUUUGCAUGGGAGGAGUUGUCCAUUGUCGACGACUCGCGUGUGACCGACCCAUCGAGGGGUGUCGUCCCAUAAUCGAAGAUGGUCAUUGUUGUCCAGACAGAUACGAGUGUGAGAAACCAGUCAUUACGAAGGAAGAUGAAGACACCAGUGAUGAAACCAGCACGGAUAUUGUUCGAGACGAGGUUGAGACGACAAUCGCCACUACGUCAUAUCCAGAAACGACUUCCACGCAGGUUUAUGAAAUUCGAUUUGAAAAAGUUCCACUGUUCAAAGCCAGGAAAGAUGACCAAGAUUCGGUUGACGUAACCACGACAGGGAAUAAUGCUGGGCCAUACAUGAACAAUAAGGAACCUCGAAUAACUUACAAUUCAGUGGGAGGAUUCAAGAACAGGGGCAGCGCAGUUGGGGACAGAGGAAGUCGUGAACAGCGAAGGAAGAACAAGGAACGAAAUGAAUUUCUUCCGAGAAGUUUUUAUGACGAUGAUGCACGGGAGGACACUUCACUCAGUUUUGAAGGCAGUAACGGACGUUCUGAUGAACAUGCCAGUGUAUUUUUUGAAGAAAAAUCUGAUGGCUCAACAUCCGCGGAUGAUGAAGAACUCCCGACCUCUGAGACGGACCCAAGCGUUAUUGUGACUGAAAUUAGUGAAAUCAAGACAGAUCUUCCUUCCCCCAACGAUACCUUGGAUACUUCAACAUUGACAUUUACUGAAGCUGACAUCAUUCCUAAAAAUGUCGAACCAACAGCGACAGAACUUUCGAAUGACCAAAUCAACAUGAAACUUGUACUUGAGGAUGAUGAAGCUGAAGCUGAAGAUAUCGUGCCAUUGACACUGACCAACGAUCUAAAACUUGAACCAGAAAUCAAGACAACGUUAAAACCAGAACUAAUUGUGAGUUCAGCGUCACCCCCACCAGAAUUUUCUUCUUCGUCCACCGUAACACCAACGCCCACACCAAAAUCAUCCACCACGCCAGCAUCUUCCUCUACUACACCAAUUCCCAUCACAUCUACGUCUGAGACUAACUCUGGGAAACUGGAGUUCAUUUCAUUUGGGAUGGAAGAUGCUUUUUCUCCCGUCAACGAAACACGGUACGAAAUUUAUCCGGGACAAGCGGUGUCUCUCCCAAUGCCGACGUAUAACCUUGCCGCACGUCAGGGAAGCCUCCUCCCAGCAGACCCACAGCAACACAAAGAAAUUCCCACACCAAACAAAACUCAGUCCACUGGGGUCAAUAAUAACACCUCGCGACCAAUAUCACUCGCGGAGCCAUCAACCCAGGUAAAAUUUCACGCUGCUCCCCCAGAGGAAGUGGAAACUAUAUCAUUGCCAAUACCAAACUUGGAACCAGCUCAAGAACCACUUUUAUUUGUUCAGGAUGAUUUGCGCAAUACGAUAAUGGACGUUCCUGUCCAAACCAGUCUUUACAAUAACGGAUACUAUGGACAAGGAGCGAUCGGGGACGAUAGUGGUAAAGACAUCGAACUCGUGAUAACCCAAGCUGAGAUGAGUAAUAAGCCGGUAGAAGAAGGUGUCAAUUCUGGUGAAAAUAUUGGUCUAGGUGAAGCAAUCCCGUCGCAUAAUGCCAUUAUCACGACUACCAUGCCAUCAAUUCCAGUGACGUCGACGACCACGACAAAACCAAAGCCGCACAAAUCUCAAGUUUCCAGCAGCAGCAGCAAAAGACCUGAACAACCCUUGACAGUCAUCAGUUCUAAUCAGAAAUUCAUCCCCUCUUUCCUCCCAAUGACGACAUCGCCUCCCAACCCUGGCCGCACCUACUCCAAAUUUGGUAUUCAAGACUCAUCCCACAGAUACGGCUAUCCAAGCACUGGACCAGCAGCACAAACUGGUCCAGAAGACGAGGACAGGCUAUUCGUCCCCUCUUCUGCUUUCGGUUUCCCCGCAGAUCCCAAUUUGAUGAAUCGAAAAGUUCCUAGUUUUAAUGAGGAUCCCGUCAACCGGCGGUUCAACAGUAAUAACAACAACAAUAAUAAUCAUGCAUUUAAUCACCACCGAUUCCCUGUUGAUCCCAUCCUCACUGAAGAAGGUGAGGACGACGACGAGGAGACCAAUGACAACGGAAGUGAAGAGUUUGGAAGCUAUGAAAAUUAUUUCACUCCACAAACUGCACCCAGCAGUGUUGCGAGCAUACGACCACUCAACGGUCCGCCCUACAAUCCGAGCACUUCCUCAUUCAGCAAUAGGUACGGAACGCCAUCCGGGUCAAACUCGAGUCCACCACAUUCCUCCGUCCCACAACAAGAACCCAGCGCUCCAAUCCCAAUGAUAAGCAGCAGUGGGACCAAAGUCAGUCUGAGUUCGAGGGACAAAACGACACAAGGACCAGGUGGUCCCAAAACGAAAUUUGUUAACAGCAAACCCCUCCGAAGACCAAAACCUGUCAAAGAUCCGCAGCUUCUCGACUCCAGUGAUCCUUUGGGGUUCAAACCCGUCGUCGCAUUUCCAUUUGCCAUUCCACAGUCACAGGACAAGUUCAAUCUGGGGUUGAAGUUGAGUGGGUGCAAUAUUUAUGGGAAAAUGCAUGGCAUUGGGCAAAUUAUUCACGAGUUGUCCAGCAUUUGUGUCCAGUGCAAGUGUACGGAGGUGGGGGUUCAAUGUUCAGAGUUGCAGUGCUAAAGUAUAGAUUUUUGCAGUUUCUUUUCAAAUAUAUCCAUGAUCCAUGAUCUCUUCCACUAUUUCUGUCGGGUUAAGAUAAUGCUAUAUUGGAUUUAGGUGUAGGUUAUCAAGGGGAAAUUAACUUAUGGUAUUGGUAACUUGCGGGGUUCUUCUUGUUAUUAUUUUUUCAGGAAAUUAAAAUGUUCAUUAUUAUUGUUGAGGGGUAUUUAUGUAUGAGACAUUAUAUAUUAUAUUUAUAUGUGUACAGUUGGAAAUGGGGAAAACCAAGUAUAAUAUUAAUAUGGGAAAUAUCUAUACAAAUAUUGUGUAUAAUAAUAAAUAAAUGAAUGCAUGCAAAUUUUUUCAAACUUG